AUGUACCGCUCAUCGUCACCCGUCUUCGAUGCGUCCGAGCUUUCUGCUCUCCGACGGGUCAAGCCGCUGCCCAAGCGCCGACGCACGUCUACAUCAUCUGACGACCCCGCCUCCGAAACCUCCAGCAACGACAUUAUCCCGCCGCUGAUGGAGCAUCUUGAGUCCUUGAAGGCGAAGAUUGCGAUCGGCGCGUCGGUCGACGAGCUGCGGCCGCAUGCGGAGUCGCUGACUGCGUAUUUGCCCAUGGGCGCUGCGGGGGUAGAGGAGAGACUGCUGAGGCAGCUGGAAGAGCGGGACGCUAGGGCUAAGGAGGAGUCUCUCAGUGAGGACGAGCAUGGAGACGGGGAUUAUGUGGACCAUCUUCAGCAGCCUGGAAAUACGAAGAAGAGGAAGGUACCAGCGCAUGUAAUUGGUUCGCCCCGCGGGCCGGACCGUGCUUCAGCUCAGGCGGGUGGCGAUGAUGAGGCAGGGGAGGGGAGCAUUGGUGAAGAUGGGAACGGAGAGAGGGGAGCAGGCGGUGAUGGCCCCUCAACGUUCGCGGUGCCACUUAGCAUGUUGGCUCGAAGGCGUGGAAGAUUAUCAGCAGCGACAGUCGCGGGCCUGAAGCAUAAGGAAUUGCUGAAAAGUCGGAAGCGUCAAUUAGCCGCCGUCCUUGGUGCGCUGUCUGUUGGAGAUACCCUUGCUCUGGAUCAGGCUCUAUCUACGACCUACCCUCUGAACUCGCCGAUGUACGAUGACCCGAAGGGCACCAGCAAACCCCCACGCAUUCGCCUUUCUCAACGGAAGGGACCCAGGCUUGGGAGAGCAGCCAGGCAUGCCAUGAAGUUCCGACAUCCAGACAGUGUCCCCCUUCCAACCUGUCAGUUCACAUUCAACUGUCCCAGCGCAACUGCGGAGCGCCUUGCUGCGACGAAGGAGGAGGUCGCGAUGCUGCGCAAGCGGUUCGAGGCUGAGCUGGCGAAGCAAGCUUUGAAGGCGGCGAAGAUGGCUGCGACGGAGCGACGCAAAGCAUCACCAAACUCCAAGUCGGCACGGUCCAAAAAUUCGGAACGAGCACAACGACGCCCUCGGACGUUGAAUGCACCACCACCACCGUCUCAGCAAGCGAACGACAAGGGCAGUGAUCAUGAUUCCCUUGGAUCUGGAGGUAAAUCUAGAAAGUCGAAGAAGAAGAAGCGGUCCGCCCUCGCAAACGCGUCAAACCCGCAUCAUCUGCGCAACUACGUUCCUUCUCGAUUGCCAAAUGCAGCCCCGCAAGUGGCGCACAACAAUUUCCUGUCUCCUCCUCCUCUUCGUUUCCUUGCUGCCGAUGUCCCUCCGCGCCGAAGAAAUAAAGAGAACGCCUCGGUUCCUUCGACCCAGAUUGCGAAUGCUGCCGACGAAUGGAUUUGCGCGCUAUGCGAAUAUAAGCUAUUCUACGGUGACGAGCACGAGUAUCGUACGGCCAUCAAGAAUCGAAAGAAAGUGCUGAAGAGAAGGAGAAGGGCCCGGGAACGUGCUGCUGCUGCGGCGAGCGGGAAAAUCAAAGCCAAGGCACCUGAGAAAACAACACUUCUCGAGGAAGAAUAUGCGGAGUUCGAUCCGUCCAUGCCUGAGGAGUUUUCCAACAGUCUCAACCCCCGGUCGCCUUCUUGGAAGGGGGAUCCGAACAGACAGGCUGAACGAGUAGAGCGUCAGGAUCCAGUGAGGGUAUAG